AUGGGCAACUCGGGGCGUCAAAAAGGCAAAGAUGUACUCCAGCUCAAGAAGAUAGACACGAAAAAGCCGAAAGAAGACAAGAAGGUCGCCGGUGAGAAGAAAGAGAAGGAGAGCGAGGCGAAGGAAAACGAGAAAAAGAAGUUCCAGGAGACAAGCAAGGAGAAAAAUUAAAGUCCCUGUUUUUCCGCCUUUAUUACUGGUAGCCGACACGGCCUCUUUUCCCUGAUUGCCUUUAUGACCUCACUCGCAAAAUAAAAUGUUUUUUGUUUGCUUCUGGUUUUUUCUUGGGAUUAACAUUGGAAUUUAAAAUAUGCUAGGCUUACUGUAGACGUUGACUGCAUACAAAGAGCUCGCGAUAAAACUGAAACAUCUCAGGCACUAUGCGGGGAAGACCGGCGCUUUCAUGCGGGGACGACCGGGUUGUCGGUCCACCAACACGUUCGCGCGCCGUUGCAGACGGCAUGUUUGAAAAAUUGGUCGGUUCGGUCGGUUUUUAUAAGGGCUAUUCUGUCAAAUUUUCAAACUUUGAGACCUUUUUUGGCGUUCAUUGAUGUGUCAAUGGUUCAAGUAAAUAAUAUUUGUUGCGUAGUCCUGCGAAGAUCGCAGAACUACGCAACAAAUAAGCGUUUUUCCAUUAUCAUUCUAUGUGAUUUUUGUCAAAACUUCUCAGCAAUAUUCAUUCAACUUUUUUUGUUUUACGUUUUACUAUCAUUCUUUUAUUUUUUAAACAAUGAAUAUAAUAGGCUUAUAGCUGAAAAUUUUUUGUAAAACCGAUUUGAAGGCUGAGAAGCAAUUAUACGGAUAAUUUCCAGUGAAACUUCAUCGAAUUGCUUCUUUUUGAUUCGAAAGCUUCCACUAUUUUAUGGACAUCAUGAUAAUCACGAAAAAAAAAACUCUGAAUUCAAUCGAAACGUCUCAGAAAAAGUCAAAAACGAAGUUUUAUGCCGUGUUCAAAGUAAUUUCGGGGAAUCGAAAAAUAAAAAAAAGUAACGAUUUUCUCGUUUAAUUUGAAAACCCGAAAUCCUGAAAAUUGGCAUUUCGAGGGGCCGCGACGCGCCUGCUACGCGGGUGCUGCAGCAUUGGGUCUCGCAACGAUCAAACGCGGAAAAAAAGGAAAUUUUCAAAAUUUUCGCAAUUAAUUUUUUGUAUUUGUUGAUUUGAUUAUUGUUUUCAUUAUGGCGCGUUCAGGAGCAAAACGCGAAAUUUUUUUCGAAAUUCAAAAAGAGCGUUCACGGCGAUACUUCGAAAUUAGCGAAUUUCGAUUUUUGAGAUAAUUUCGAGAUAAUUUUUUUCUUCUUUUUUUCUUUUUUUAGAUAAUUUUUUUCUUUUAUUUUUUUCAAUUUUUCAACCCGUUCAAAUUUAUUGAUUUUAGAAAUAGUACGAAUGAAAGCCUUAAGUUAAUUUUUUUCGACUGUCUGAACUUAAAAAAAGUUCAAUUUUUUUCUCAAAUUUCGAAUUUAUCGUGUUCAUUUUCCAACGGAUGUAUCAGAGUGUUUGAAGUUGCAGGUCUCUAAACUAUGGCGGGUAUUGGAUUACCGAAAGUGCUAAAGUUGAAAAAAAGGUAAUUUUUCAUUCAAAAAAACUUUUUUUCGCAGUUAUUUUUUUACAAAUUUUGAUUCUUUUUCACAAAAAAAUUUUAGACUCGUUAGGGAGGCACGAGCGGCUCGUGUGAAGGUAACGCAAAAUUUUUCGUCUCUACAGUCAAGCAUAAAUUCGUGAGUUCUCUUAUUCUUCGAUGUUAUUUUCUUUCAUUUUCAAUAUGUCUUGUCAAUAUGUCUUGUUCAGUUGUAAACGAAAAAAAUGAAUACCACGGUUCAACCGAUGGUAUGAAAAAAGAACAGCAAAAGUUCGAACGACCACUUCUCCGAUUAUUUCAUAUCGCUAGGGAACUUUCCGACCAAUCUUUUAUCGAAUUUUUCUUCUCAAUAAACUUUUCGUUUUAAAUAUCCCUAUAUAAAGUAGGCAAGUUAUUCAUGUUUAAAAACACAAAAAAAUAGGAAAAAAAUAUGUUGAUAGAUGUUUUAUAAACCGAAAAAAAUAUAAGGGAAAAAAGUCGGAAAGGGAUCCGUCGGAGAGGUGGCCGUCGGAAAGUUCCCUAGCGAUAUGAAAAAAAUUCGGAAAAAGGGCGAAUUUUGUUUUGAAUUUCUGCUUGUGUUUUUUUCAUACCACCGUUCAACCAGCUUUUUCCUUUCUGGAAAAAAAUUUCUUCUGCUUACAGACCUAGACGAACGGUUUUGACGAAGGACACGCCGAAAGACUACACGUGAAACUUGGAUCUUUCCUUAUGGAACUUUUUUUCUAAUAAAAAAAUUUCAUUGUUUUCUUCUGCCUUUCAGAAACAUCUCAUCACAAAACAGUUUCUGUUGUUAGGUUUUUAAUUUGAUUAACUAAGCAGCUUGUUUUUUUUACAUUAAUUUUUCAAGAAGGUAAUGCUCAUCAUCUUUAUUCAAACAAAUGAUAGAGAAAAUAAACGCGUAAUAAAACAAAACAAAAUCAUUGAAAGAGAAGUUAAAAGCUGUGUAUUUGACAAAAUCGAGACAUGGUAAAUUCCAAAUUUAUCCGGCUGGCCACAAACAACAAUGUCUUGUUCGAAUGAGCUGAAAAAAAUUCAAUACUUUUCUUUUAAUGAAAUGAACCAGUUAUUGAAAAUUGUAUAGAUAAAAACCUUCCAUUUUCUUCUUGACCGUUGCGUCGAAAAUCACGGAUUUAUGCUUGACUGUAGAGACGAAAAUUUUGCGUUACCUUCACACGAGCCGCUCGUGCCUCCCUAACGAGUCUAAAAUUUUUUUUGUGAAAAGAAUCAAAAUUUGUAAAAAAUAACUGCGAAAAAGUUUUUUGAAUGAAAAUUACCUUUUUUCAACUUUAGCACUUUCGGUAAUCCAAUACCCGCCAUAGUUUAGAGACCUGCAACUUCAAACACUCUGAUACAUCCGUUGGAAAAAAUAAACACGAUAAAUUCGAAAUUUGAGAAAAAUUGAACUUUUUUUAAGUUCAGACAGUCGAAAAAAAUUAACUUAAGGCUUUCAUUCGUACUAUUUCUAAAAAUCAAUAAAUUUGAACGGGUUGAAAAUUGAAAAAAAUAAAAAGAAAAAAAUUAUCUAAAAAAAGAAAAAAAGAAGAAAAAAAUUAUCUCGAAAUUAUCUCAAAAAUCGAAAUUCGCUAAUUUCGAAGUAUCGCCGUGAACGCUCUUUUGAAUUUCGAAAAAAAUUUCGCGUUUUGCUCCUGAACGCGCCAUAAUGAAAAACAAUAAUCAAAUCAACAAAUACAAAAAAAUUAAUUGCGAAAAAUUUUGAAAAAUUUCCUUUUUUUCCGCGUUUGAUCGUUGCGAGACCCAAUGCUGCAGCACCCGCGUAGCAGGCGCGUCGCGGCCCCUCGAAAUGCCAAUUUUUCAGGAUUUCGGGUUUUCAAAUUAAACGAGAAAAAUCGUUACUUUUUUUAUUUUUUUCGAUUCCCCGAAAUUACUUUGAACACGGCAUUAACAAAUUGUGAAUUUUUCAAAAAUUUCUGUUGUGCAAGUACGCUCCAACGAACGCAAGGGCGCGGUAAAAUGACACGCCUCAUCGGCUCACUUGAGUUCCCUUUUGGAACGCCGUGGCCUGGAUUGUGAAGAGUGCAGAGAGACCACGCCCCUUAGCGUCCCAACCUGGCCGUGAGUCAGCUAUAUAGGGGCCUAUUUUUCUACCUAUAGGGGCACCUAAAACAACAAACCCCUAGAGGGACCCCUCAGAAAUUCCUCAGUAAAGCUCUUCUUCGUAUUCCGGAAAAUUCGUGGCAACUUUAAAGGUUUUUUUCUUUCACUUUUUCGAGCUCUCUGUUUGAAAGAUGGAUCUUUUAAUCAUUUUUAAAAAUUUUUUUCUGAACGUUGAAAUAAAUUUCUCCUUGAACAAAGCAAUUAUCUGAGAAAAAAAUUCUCCAUUUUAAAGUUGAAUCAUCAUUUUCAAUAAAUAACUUGUCAAAAGCCAAUUUUCAGAUUGUCCUGGAGAGCCUCGUCGAACAGAAGCACAAGGAAAACGUUAAUGUUGGCGAGCGCAACUCGGAAGUUCAUCCACAUCUGUUGAUGAUCGACGUUUCCACGGAGGUCAACGAUUUUUCGGAAAUUCAAUCGUUCUUAUUCGAUUUUUGACUGUAAACGGUGUUAUAAUACACAUUUUGAAUUCAAAAAAAUUUUUGGAGAAUAUUUCAUCAACUUUUUGAACAUAUAUGUUUGGCCGUUAAGGAUCUUGAGAGGGAAAUAAAAAUGUUCCUCUAAAAGCUCCUAAAAUGGUGUAAAAAAGCUUUCGAGCUACUUUUUUCAUAGCCUCAGAUUUUGUUAGAGGAUGUUAAAAAGAUGCAAAAAAUUAAGGAAGUGAUAUAAAAAAGAUCUGCUGAGAACUCUUUGACGGUCUUUUUUUGAGAAAAGCGUUUGGGGAGCUUUUCAGUUUUGCCGGAGAAAAAAAAUUUUCUGAAAGAUUUGAGAGGAUUCUAUUAGGAUCCUCUAAGGCUAUGAAAAAGUAGCUCAAAAGCUUAUUACACCAUUUUAGGAGCUUUUAGAGGAACAUUUUUUUAGCUGAUUAACGGCUGGCUUGAGCCAUCGAAAAAAGGGUCCUGACACGAUAAUGCUUGAGAUAGUGCCUGGCUCGUGGAGAGCGCAGACAGGCCACGCCCCCUUACCGUCCCAAGCUAGCCGUGGUUCAGCUAUACCUCCCUCUCAGGAUCCUUUAAGGAUUCUCAAAGGAACUUUUCCGUUUCACCUAUGUACCCAUUGAUUUUUGCAAUGAAAUUUCAAAUCUUUUCCAGAGUCCGGCCCUAGCCCGCGCAGGCUUUUUUCUUCAAAACAAAGGCCGAAAGCCCGGGCCGCCCGGCUUGUCGCACUAGCCUGUGGCGCGGUAAAAUGACACGCCUCAUCGGCUCGCCUGCGAGUUCUCUUUAGGAACGCUUUCUAAGGUGAUUCUCCAAUCUGAAUGCAUUCUUUGACUUUUUUCUAGGAUUCGUAUCAAAAAAAUACUUUAAAAAACUCGGCUUUAUUAAAUAAUCAUCGUCGCACGCGAUGAGACGAUGCUCGCACCACCAGACAGAGCGAGAUGUUUGCGAGUUCGUCAAUGUACCGCCCCGACCUAGCAUUCUCUCGCGCCAGACUCCGUAUUCAUCUUUAGUGAAUAACAGAAAACCAUUUAUAGCCCGUUCACGGCUGGCUUGGGACAGCGAACGGUCGGUUUAACUUGCGCGGCGAUGGUAGAUCAUGGCGGCCAUACAUGCGCCUUUGAAAAGAACCUCGUUUGAUGAAUUAUUUUUUUUUCAAUUGAAUUUACUUUUUCUUUUAAAUUAGUUUCAUUAAAUUCAGAUUUUCUUUCAGUCACCGAAAUAAAAAAUAAAAAGAAAUAAGUCAAAAAAAUUCAGCGUUUUGCGGAAGGCGCAUUGAUAGUCGUCAUGAUCUACCAUCUCCGUGCAAGCUAACCCGCUCUUUAGCCAAGCCAGCCGUGAACGGAUCAUAUCUGACGAUAAAUCGUUGUAAGACUAAGUUUUUCUUACUUUGAACUUGGCAUAAAGGAUGUCUGUGAUCGUUAUUUUAUAUUUUAUCGAAACAGACUCCAAAUUAUCAAAAAUAGACGCUGACGUGGAAAUGCCACUUGGCAAUAGAGUGAGAGUAUAUAAAAACUACGCUGAGCUGAACUAGCUAUUGAAACGAAUCGUCAUCAGACCAACGUCGACCAACGUGAGUUUGAAUCCCGGCGGAGGCUUCUGGCUCCUCGAGUAAACACGUAAGCGGAGCACGGCAUUGAUGAAAAGCUUUGAACAUGUGUUUCCGAAAAAUCUCCAUUUUUUUGCGCUCUCUUUGAAAGUUCGCAAAUUCUGUUCGAAUACAUCUGUACGAUUCACAGUAGAUUUCGCAAUUAUUGGAAAAAGCCAUAACCCGAAGAAACCUUAUUUUGCAACAUUUGAACUGGUAAUGGGAAGAAAGGUCAGAGGCGGCCGAUUGGAAAAAAAUUUGGAAAAUUAUUUUCCGCCAUCUGGAAAAUAGAGAGCGGCUUGGAAUUGAUCGCCUAAGAAAUUAUUCUGAUUUUGGUUUGGAAAAUCAUGGUUCGAAAAAGAGCCGGCCGAUUUUCUCGACUUGGAAGCACAUCUAAAAAUGACAAAUCAUUGCAAAAAGAAAAGUUUCGUUUAAAAAGUCUGAGAAAUCAACGGAAGAAAGUGUACCUUUGGUUCUGUAAGAACGUGCGUUUGGUUAGGAAUGAACAUGUUUUUUGUUCGGAAUGAACACAUGAAAAAGUCCCUUUUUGGUUAGGAUGAUUACUCAAUUGGUUCGGAAUGAUUAGGGUCGGAUGAUUGUAGGCCAUAGAAAACCUAAUCAGCUUUAAGAUGUUUUUUUCUUUUGUGUUUCUUUUUAAUUAUGUUGAUAUUUUUUUCAGCAAUGGACACUUUGACCAUCAUGAAGUGGAACUGCAUUGAAGGUAUCUUCAUUUUUCUUAUAAAGUUAUGCUUUUUUUAUUUCAGGAAAAAUUGAGCCUGAAGCUGUUGCUAAUGGUGGCAAUGCUGAACGCUUUUUCUGCUGGUUUGCUUAUUUUUUCCCUUUAUAUAGUCCAUUCAGAUUUUGAAUGUCAAGUAGAAUGAAGUCAUACGAAAACGCUCUGUGAGUGGCUCGCUCUCUGAUUAGUUUAUCGCGCCAUUAGGGGCGGAGCUUGAGCGAAGACUUGACAUUUGAAAUCUGAAGAGACUAUACUUUUCGUCGAGAAGUUUAGCUUCAUGACUGACGCGGGAUAGUAACCACGUCGCUUAAAAUCGCAAACCGCUACUCCGUGACUUCACUUUAUGAAUAAACGAGAAAUACAUAAGUCAAAAUGUUUGUUCUAUAUAUUUAUUCAGUUUGAUUGGAAGAAUGCGACGAACCUGAAAAAUUUCUUCACGUUCGAGUUUUAAUGUGAAGUCUCCAUAAUUCUAUAGAGUUCAUAGGCUUUUAUCAGUUCGUUUUAUCAUAUUAUAACUCGAAAAGUUCAGACGUCGUAUCAAAUAAGUUAGAAAAUCGAAAUUUCAACUCCAGGAAUCGAUCACAUUAUCAGUUUUCAAUUACUUAAACAGGAAAAAAAAGAAUACAAAAUCAAACCUGAGUCAAAAAUUUCGACUUUCGUGAACAGAACAAUUAUGUAGUCCUUUGAACCAAUCAAACCACAAGAAAAUAAACUGCGAAAUUUUAAGAGAGUUAUAGGAAAUGACUAGCAAUAUUUGAAAACUAUAAAUGUCAGGAACAAAAAUGCUAGCCUUCAAAUAAUCAAAAAAUCCGGACUCAUAAUUACGACGCGAAAAAGACGAUUGUUAGCCACGCCCACUCAUGCAACGUCCGCAUGCUUUUCAGGAAAGGGGCGGGAACCCCGCUUUAGAACGCUGUGACUUCACACUUGAGUAAAUUGAAAUCCUAUUGGAAAUUAAGCAAAUAAGGUUUCAUGAUCAUGAAAUCGUCUAAAUAACCAGCAUUCACUACAGCAGCCCUGUCACAACCAAUCCAAACCCUAAACUUUCAGAAGAUUGCUGCAAGAGGCCCAUGUACGCUUACAAGAAUGGAGACGCUCGCCCACCGGAAUGCCCACCUGACAAUGUCAAGUGUACCGAAGCGCCGAUAUACGCGGAUGAAGCUUCAAGUGGAAAACUUGUCUUCAAUUUUAUGGCUUCGAUGGAAAAAAGCAGUACGAUCACCAUGAUUGGAAACACGACGUCGUACAAUGUGGUUAAUCUAGUAGAAAUUGUCCACAAGGGACCGGGUACGUUUCAUUUCAUAGUGGAAAAAGGGAAAUGCUGAACAUUUUAAAUUGAAGGCAUAGGGGCAGUAAAAAAUGGGUUUCAGGUGAAAGCAGUAUUUUUAUAUAGUUUUUUUCAUUGCAGAAUCGAACGGUGUACUCAAAAAAAUUACAGAUGUGACUAAUUUUAAAGAUAAACGCGUUUUUUUACUUUCCCGCCUUUUAAUUUUGAAUAAUAAAUAAAAUAUAAAAAAAUAAAAACAAAAAGUAUUCGCUAUCCCAAUCGAAACCUGUGUAAAAUCAUCAUUUUUCACCGGAAAAGCUUUUUUGCGAUCAAAGUUUGCAAACUAUGCAUGAAUAGAAAGCUUUUGUGACGAAAAGAACUUUGGUGACAACAGAAAAAAUUGAAAGAAACGAAGAAAAAAGCGAAAAUCCGAAAAAUGGCGAUACUGGGAUAAGUUUUAGGGGGCCCUAUAGGGGGUAAAUUAGGGCCCCUUGGAGGGGGCCCUAUAGGGGCCCCUAAAUGAAACCCUAUAGGGACCCCUACGAAUUUUUUUAGGGGUCCCUUUAGGGGGGCACGGAAAAUUUCUGAAAUAGCUCCGGGAGGAAAUAGAGAAACCCUUAUUGAAUGCGAAUCGUUAACACAUCCGCAGUAAACUCAUCUCAUCGCGUUUGAAACUGUUUCCAAAUUUAUUGAAAGGAAUUGAAAACAUUAAAAAGCAAUCAGGAUCAUCAAUGGAAACAGAUAGACAUAAGUAACAAAACAACGAGCAAAAAAACUGAAGAUAUGUAUACGUAACAGGAUAUUCGAGGAAGCAAAAAACUUUUUGGCCGUAAAAGACCCGUAUAAAUAUUUGACACGUCUAAAUCACUGCGAACGGAAACCGUAUUGAUCAAUCUAAUAGAAGCUCUUCAAGACAAUAAAGAUACGCCUAAAGCAUAUUGAUAUAAGCGCUACUUGCGAAAAAAAUAGAAGAAAAACCCGUUGUGUCAAGGCAAAUGGUUGGGCAACUUUCAAUAAAAAAUGUUGGGACUUCCGACACGGAAACGGUUGAAACUACUUACAUAAGGGCAAAAAGUUUGGCACAUAUAAAAAAGAACAAUUGAACAGUGAGCAAAAAACAACCAACGUUGACAUUUGAAAGCAACUUAUUGAAUUGCUCGGCCCGCGGUAAUCUUCCGUUGAUUCUGGUUCAUGUGGCGGCUCAAAAUUUCCGUCGGCUGAUUCCGUGCUUCUACGAUCAUUUAUCAUUAUCAACAUUUUCGGUAUACCUUUCAGAAUCUUCAUCGCUGCUGUAGAACCAAUGCGCAUCAAUAAAAUCGCGACUUCGCGGCAUCUUAAUAAAAAAUUAAGUCUUCUUUAACGAGCAAUAAUCAAAUAGAAUAUAUAAACACGCAUUUACAUCAAAAACCUCCAACAAACAUCAUCUACCGGUGAAUUUCUGACGGUUUCACACAAUCCAGUAGACCAAUUAUACAUAGACGAAACUCUGAAAAUACCAAAAAUAAAAAUACUCUGAACAUAUUUACAUAAACCAAUAUAUCAAUUGUACAUAAACGAAACACUGAAAAUACUGAACCAAUGUACAGAUUGCCGUGUUAACUUUUAUGGAGCACAAAAACGCACAAAUCAUUAUAAUACAAUUUGAAACCAUAACGAAAAAAAUCCUACUGACAACUCGUUCGUGAAUAACGUAUUACUUCCUUAAGCACCACAGAAAUCGAUGAAAUAUAAAUACAAGUUAUAAAGUUAAACUAAAACUGAGUCGACUGAGUCAACUCAAAAACUUAGAAAAUGAGAAAGAUAUUUAAAAACCACGUUCGUUCCAAGGGGUCUUCGCGACCCCUUGAGGGUCUUACAAUUUUUAGGGAGCGAUUUAGGACCCCCUAUAGGGGGCCCUAGGGAUUUCCCCCUAAAUAGGCCACUCGCAGACCCCCUAUAGGGCCCCCUAAAAUCACGACCCCCUAUAGGGCCCCCUAAAACUUAUCCCAGUACGUGUUGUCGUCCAUACAGCGACUUUACUGCAAAGCGCCCUUUUCGCGGGAACUCAAACUUUCCUCCCUCCGACUUUGAAUAAUUUUUUCUUCAAAACUAGGAACUUGUGUACGUUUCCAAGUUUACCGUUCGAUUCGCAAAGAAAAGCACUACAAAGUACUGCUUUGAACUAAAACACCGUUUUUUACUGCCCCUAUGCUUUUAAUUUUCCGUGAAACGCCAGCUAAAGUAUAUUUUCGGUGGUAUGAAAAAAAGACCAGUGAAAAUUCAAACGGCGACUUUUCCGAUUUUUUAAUAUCGCUAGGGAACUUUCUGACGGCCACCUUUCCGCCGAAUCUUUUUCCAACUUUUUUCUCGAUGAACUUUUCGUUUUGAAUCUUCCUAUAUAAAGUAGGUAGUUUAUUCAUGAUCAAAACACAAAGAAAUAGGAAAAUAAAUGUUAAUAUAUGUUUUAUAAACCGAAAAAUAUAAGGGAAAGAAGUCGGAAAAAGAUUCGGCGGAAAGGUGGCCGUCGGAAAGUUCCCUAGCGAUACGAAAAAAUCGGAAAAGUCGCCGUUUGAAUUCUUCCUGAUCUUUUUUUCAUACCACCAUUUUUGUAAUUGAUUUGGAAUAAGGGAACCUGGGCUCACAUCUCCCUACCGUUUCAUUAGACUGUCAAAUUAGGCUUCCGUUUUUGGAAAAAUCAUCUUUUGUUUUCAGGUCCAGCAUUGACAUUGAUGAACGUCAAGUUGGCCGAUGAAUCUUUCGCGAAGUUGAAUACGAUCAAAGUGGACGACAUCUCGAUUUACUGCGACGGUACUACCGACUUGAUCAAGAUAGAAGGAAGUAUUCCUCAAGAUAUACUCGAUCAACUGCACAAAGUGAAAAAUGAGGUUUUUUUUUAAUAAACGAGGAGAUAAAAAAGUAUAUUUCAGUUUGUUCGAAAUGUCUUUUCCAAAUUAGAAGAAAGUUUGUGCGAAGUACCCAAGUAAUUUAAUCGCUUCAGAAAAAACAUUUUAGCAGUUUUAUAACUCUCGAAGAAAUCACAUCAUCAAGCCGAUCGAUUCUAUUGUUUGUAAUAUCCAUCAAGUAGGCUCAAAUUUACAGUCGCGAGUAGCCUUUUAAUAUAUUUGUAAGAGGAAAGAUUUCUCGAACUAUUAAGAAAAAUAUGGUUCAAUAUUCAAACGCUUAUCGUCGGAAUUCAAAAUUCACUGAAAUCAUGGGAAAUUUUCAAAGGAAUUGUAUAUUAAACACUAUAAUAUUUCGUCAAAGGCAUUAUUUCAAAAAAGUUUUAUUGAGAUUUGAAAAGAGCAUGAGAGAAGAAAUUGAGCGUUUCUUAUUUCCCUUUGGACAACCUAAAAGCUUUUUAAGAGCAUAAAUGGUUUCAAAGGAAAACUCGAAAAAAUUCUCAGAAAAAGUAAUCUCGUUUCAGACCCUGGCUGCCUGCAAGUCACUGACAACUACUCCGCCGUCGGUUCUCGGCGCCGCCCAGGGCUCCCAGAAUAUUGAUGCUGAGAAAGGUUCUAGCAACAGUGAGUUUGGAGAACAAAAAAACCAACUGUGGAUUUUAGGGAUACAAAAAAAGAAAGACUCUAAGGUUUGGAAAAAUGAUCAAUCUUAUUUGAAAAAUAGAAAGACUGUAGGUUUAUAGAAAAAAAUUCCCGUGAGAAAAAUCUGGAAACCUAGCUUUUUUUAUAUUUCAUCAUUUUUUUACGCCAUUGAGUCAAUAGUUUUUCGAUUUUUCGACCAAGUUGGGAAGACUUAUUUCGCCUUUUUCUUCUCAGACACGCCGCUGUACAUCGCCUGUGGAGUGAUAGUGGUUCUUCUGAUUGUGAGCAUCGUUUCGACGAUCAUCGCCCUCAAGCUCUACUUCUGCCACAAGAAGGACCGUCCCUCAGCUUCCUUAGGUAAUGGCUUUUGAUAGAAAAAAAUUAAGAAUUUUUGGUAGUUGUUCGCUGCCAAAAAAACAAAACUUGAAGUCUAAGUUUCAAAUACAAUUGAUUAUUAAAUAACUUAUUGGAAAAAUGGAGGUUAUUAGUAGUUAGGAAAUGGGAUUUUUAUUAUAUUUCGUUUUAAUGAAAUUUUUUUGCGAUUUUAGUUUAAGACUUCGAGGCUCUUUUCUAAAUAUUUUCAAAUUUUCUGGUCGGUUUUCAGGAGCUUCCGAAAAAGGAGCGCAGAAAAAGGCCGAGACCGCUAAAGAGACGUCCAAAGAGACGAGCCAGGAGAAGAAAUAA